AUGAAGUACACUGUCGCCUCCCUUCUUGGAUCCGCAGCCCUGGUGGCUGCCCACGGUUACGUCGAGAACGCCACGAUCGGCGGUGAAGCCUACACCUUCUACCAGCCCUACCAGGACCCCUACUCCAGCCCUGCCCCCGAGCGUGUCUCUCGUCCCAUCCAGGGCAACGGCCCCGUUGAGGAUCUCACCAGCAUCGACAUCCAGUGCGGUGGCUACUCCGCCGGUGGUGUCAAGGGCUCUUCUCCCGCCAAGCUCGAGGCCAAGGCCGCCGCCGGCUCCGAGGUCACCCUCAACUGGACCCUCUGGCCCGACUCCCACAUCGGCCCUACCAUCACCUACAUGGCCAAGUGCCCCGAUGCCGGUUGCACCGACUACCUCCCCGGCACCGACGCCGUCUGGUUCAAGGUUCAGGAGGAUGGCCGUGAGGGUACCUCCAACACUUGGGGUGCUACUCCUCUCAUGAAGGCUGGCAACUCUGGCGUCAAGUACACCAUCCCCGAGUGCCUGGCCCCCGGCCACUACCUCGUCCGCCAUGAGAUCAUCGCCCUCCACGCCUCCUACCAGUACCCUGGUGCCCAGUUCUACCCCGGCUGCCAUCAGCUCGAGGUUACCGGCUCCGGCAGCACCUCCCCCUCCGACCUUGUCGCCUUCCCCGGUGCCUACAAGGCCGCUGACCCCGGUAUCACCUACGAUGCCUACAAGGCCCAGGAGUACACCAUCCCCGGCCCUGCCCUCUUCUCCUGCUCCGGCGGCUCCGGCUCCGGCUCCGGCUCUGGUGCUGCUUCUUCCGCCGCCCCUGUCGCUACCUCCGCCGCCGCCUCUGCUCCCGCCUCCUCUGCCCCCGCCGCUACCUCCGCCCCUGCUGCUACCUCUGCUGCCGCUACCACCUCCGCCCCCGCUGCCGCUGCCACCGAUGCCGCUGAUGAGGAGGACUGCCCCGUCGAGACCCCCACUGCCACCGCUGCCAUCACCCAGGCUGCUGUCUCUGAGGCUGCUGCCACCCCCACCGACGCCGGCGACGAGGAGGACUGCCCCGCCGAGUCUGAGGCUUCCGCUGCCCCUGUUGCCACUGCCACUCCCACCCAGGCCGCUGGUGAUGAUGAGGAUGACUGCCCUGCCGAGUCUGAGGCCCCCGUUGCCUCUGCCACCCCUACUCCCACCCAGGCUGCCUCCGACGACGAGGACGACUGCCCUGCCGAGUCUGAGGCUCCCGUCGCCACUCCUACCCCCACCCAGGCUGCCGAUGAUGAGGAGGACUGCCCCGUCGAGACCCCCGUUGCCAAGCGCAUGACCUUCCACGAGCGCCGCAACCUUUAA